CACAGGUCCACAGCCACCAAACUGACGAGGACUGUAACGAGGGAAGAAAGGGAAAAGCUCUCUCUGUUCCACCGAAGUCUCUAACUGAUACUUCUUACCGGUAAACGCUGAAGGCCAUGGACCUUGACUUCAGGUGUUUCUCUGUCAAGCAUUUUUCUACUGUCCAAGCUGCGCGCAUUGACACUGAUAGUCACUUAUUAUUCGACGAUUCAGAUGUGGAGGAUGAUGCAAGAGCUUGUUUUCCAUGUCCCUUUUGUUAUGUAGACAUUGAGUUAUCUGUGCUCUGUAGCCAUUUGCAAGAAGAUCACUGCUUUGGCUUGAAAAAUGCAGUUUGUCCUCUGUGUGCGGCAAAUCUUGGGAAAGAUGUGAUUGGGCAUUUUAUAGUGCAGCAUGCAAGCUCACUAAAGCGGAGGAGAAAAUCUGAGAAAUCUGGCUUCUGGACUGGUAAUGCAGCAGUUCUUGGCAAAAUUCUUCCGACUGGUGGUCUGGGAAACAAACAUGAUUCUGCACCUGAUCCAGUCCUUGCAUUGUUUAUCAACAGUAGGCCUUUGUUCGACCCUCAAGGUAUCCAGCAAGAUGAAUGUCUCAGAGAUGAAGCCUCUGAUGCUUCUGAUUUGAAAAGCAUGGGGCCAUCUACGCUAGAUGAAGGUUGCGAACAGGAUAUUGAAGAGAGAAGGCAGAAAGCAGCUUUUGUUCAACAGCUGAUCAUGUCCACCAUUUUCUAAGACCUAUCCCAUUGUUCUGUGAUGCUCAUAAGUCGAAGAUGCAAAUGGGUUGUUUCGCUCAUCAAUCGCUAACAACUCAUUCUCAAUCAGCAUUGGGUUUUCAUCCGGUGCAUGAUUUUAGGAUGCGAAAAUAGUUUCUAUAUUACUAGUAUAGAAAAUUGGUCUGAAAUGGCCACAACUAAUAUAGCACUACUACAUCUUCAUCUAAGGCAGUGUGAUGGUAAAGCUUGGUCUGAAGUAUCAAUCUGUCUAUGUACUAAAGGGUAGAAGCAAAUGUUUCCAGUUAUAAAGCUGAUGAAAUGUAAUGCCAGGCCAAAAUUUCACAAACAAUGGGAUUUUAUUUUCUGUACAAAAUGAUUAGCUAUAUACUUUGCCAAAGGAUUAGAAGAGGAGCAUUAGUGGUUAAACAUUCGAUGAAAUGUAAUGACUUGUUAGAGAUUUGUCGU